GUGUGUGUGUGUGUGUGACUUAAAAGCAACAAGACUUAUAAGCAACGCACAAAACGCUAAAAUAACGAACUCUCCAUUUUCUGGGAAACAAAUAAUUGUCGUGAUACACUGGUGAGAGGGAAAGACGAAUAGCUAAGCCAGAAGAUCGGGAAACGAUAAGCGGGGAUAGACGAUCUAGAUAGAGUGAGGAAACUCGACUAACAUAUAACGACUGAUGGAGAAUUACCAUGAAAAGUGGAAAGGAAAGAAAAUGAGAAAAAAGAUCUCGGUCACUAGUGCGCGUUUGCCUAGCAUAGAGACAUUCGAAAUUGUGCCAUAAACUCGGUAGAAAUAAUCACUAUCUCGUAGAUACACAUAUACAUCGAAUUAGAUUUGAAAUUUGAUCAACUACACAUGUUUACGUCAGGGGUCGCGAUAACGUUGCUUUAUAUCGCUUGUGUAUUGGUGCACUGUACUCAUCAAAAUAAUAAUGCGGUAUCGAACGGAGCGUUUAUACGAAAAUGUCGCUUCGAUAACGUCGAUGGCAUCAACGAUCAUCAAAGUCGUUGUAAUUUCAAAAAUACGUUGACGAUAACUCUACACGAUAUGCUUGGUAACGGUAACGUAUCUGGCACGCGACCUGUCGUAUGGCCUGUAUCGGAAGCGAAUCUACUCAGUUCAUUUCAAUGUUUUCCAUUGACACGCACACGCGUAAAUAUUCAAUGAAUAUUAAUUUACUUAUCCGGUUUACUCAUCCGGAAUCCGUUUCCUACU